AUGACUGAUGAUUCUCCGGAUGAACUAUCAAGUGAAUCAAAGCCUUCAUUGACAGUCGCCAAACACAUUUACUUCGAUGAAGACCACCAUGAAAAUAACGAUGAAAAUACAUCGACACAGCAGAAAAUCAUCGAACGACCAGUCUCCUCAACAGUUCGCAUGGAUGGAAGUGAUUUAAUAUCACGCUGUCAAAAUCUAAUUCCAUUAUUAUCAGAUACAAAUGCCAUUACGACGGACAAAGACCAAUCGAAUGAAAAGGCCGAAGAGGAAUUCCAUUUACCUGUUGACGAUGACGAUUCAGAAUCUGAGAAAAGUGCAAAAGAAAGCGGUGAAGCUUCAUCUUCAACCGAUGAAGAAAUUGUGAAGAAAAAACGAAAAAAGAAGAAAAAGAAAAAGAAAAAAAAACUAAAACCUAAUGACACAGAUACCCCUAAAAACAAUCAAGAUUUAUCAUCUCAAUAA